UGCUCUCCGCGUGCUUUCAGAGCCGGUGACCACGUGUCUCUGUCCGGCCUGCCAGCGGUGGGACCAUGUGGUGCAGCAAGAUGGCGGCGCGGUGGAGAGGGAAAGAUGUGGAUUUAAACGCAGACAACGGCGACUUUCUGACCGUCAACACUUCCAACGAGCUACUCCUGAAUAGAGGUGAUGAAGGUGUGGACAUGGACUCACAGUCCUGCACAGAUCACUCCAUCCUGUCCAUCUUUGACGAUCCCACAGUCGCAUCGGAGGGUAAGAGUGGAGUGGAGGAGGAGAAUGAGUCCUUGCUGUCAGCUUUGACCGAGAUGCUGGACAGCGUGGAGGACGACGAUGGGACCCUGUCUCCUUUUGAUGUUCUGCCAGACACCAAACUCCUCACCAGCACAGGGAGCAGGGACAUUUCAGUGGUGAAUUUACUCAGUGGCAGAGCUACACCAGGACCCAAAUUACCAAACACAAUUUUCACAAAUAAAAGAAGAGGAAAAAAGGAAGAUGUGAACAAAAUUCACUGCAACAGCCUCCCACACAUGCUCACACAGCAAACCCCAACAGUCUGUCACUCCAAAACUGACAAGGUGGAGAAAGAAGUCGAGGUUUUCACCUCAACCUCUCUCGUCAACCUGGUUAAGCUCAUGCACCCGUAUUGUCUGAAGCUGCAUGUGGAGGAGGAGAGCACACAGAGGAAGAACUGCACAUUAUUCACCCAGGGAGAGGUGUGGAGGUACGAGAGGCCCACUGAAGAGAGCGAUGAAGAGAUAAAUGUUGUGUCAGAUGACGAGGAACCUGUGAAAGAGACAAAGCGGAAUGGGGAGAGAGAUGAAGAGAGAGAUGAUGGGAGAUUUCUGAAGAGUGUGCUGGUGAAUGGAAACUCACCCAGAGCGCCACCAUCCAGAAAGAAGAAAAGAGUGAGCUUUGGCCCCAUUCAAGUGGCUUCUUUUAACACAUCGGAAGAGGAGAGUUUGAAUGAGACAAAUGACACAGGUGAGGCUGUGUCACUUCCCCCAAACAGCCCACAGGCACUUGUAAAUUCAGCUGGGCCAGCACUCGAACAUCAAGCAACGUGCUCAGAGGAGAAGUGUGACAAAGAGGAUGCGGUGCCACCAAAAGGUGAGACAAAGGCAAAAUCACUGAGCCUCCAACAGUACAGACAGCUUCGCCAGAAGAGACAGCCCCUGGUGGAGAAAAAAGGUAACAACGCAACCAAGUGGCCCUCUGUUCCUGAACCCCCCACGGAGUUGACCCCCAUCCUCUGUUUCGUGGCACAAAAGACAGCACAUCAAUAUCCAGACUUAUCUAGCACUCAUCACCAACAACAUAAACCCGGAAACAAGACUCUUUCCCAUCAUGCCCCUCUUUCACUGAGGCCAAGCUCCUCUCAGGUAAAAGCAUCAACUCCUCUGAACUGCAGCAGAUUAAAGCGCCCAAGACCUCAAUCCAAAUCCCUCUCACCUGAUAGUCCACUGCCAGAUGCCACAGCUCACCCACAUGUGAAGAUCCCCAAAGGCAUCAAAAGUCCUGUAAAGAAACCAUCGUUGGUCAGUAGCGAUCCUCCCAACCCCGUCCUCGUCCCCCUGCCAGUUUGUCAAACAGCAUCACCAGCCACUGCCCUCUUGUCACCAGAGUCUAAAGUGGAGUUCACCACUGUAGACUCUGAAAGCUCCACACCCUCACAAAAACCCCAACGGGAAUCCUCAGCGUCUUCUCUUCAAAAACUGCCGUCGUCCUCGGAGCAAAAACCUCAGCUGCUGCUAGUAAAGCAACACAGCCCCAACCUCCUGCAGGACAGUCGAACCAAAAUAGUCUCAGGUGUAUCCUUCAGAUGUCCACUACCACCUCCACCGCUAUGUCCUCCUGCCACGAUACAAACUCAGUCUGACUCAGAGAAAAUCGAGCUGGAACCAAAGAUUCCUCACUUACCAAGUGCAGUCACAGUGAAGCAAAUAAGGUGUUCCUCCUCCUCCUCCUCCUCCACGCCAACUUCACUCACAGAUGCUCCCAUUCAGAUGAAGAGGGCGGUGUCUUCUACUGAGGAAACACAGGCCACUCUUCAGGUUGACUGUCCAGCACAGAGUGCAAUAUCUGCCUCAGGAAUUGUAGCCACUGAUCUGACCAGCCUGCUGGAGCAGUUUGAGGAAACACAAGCUAAAGAGGAGAGAGUUUGUGAGAAUGCGAUUAGUACGACUCCAGCUUCACGCCUACAGACAGACGGACACCUGGAGCUGCAAGGAAAUCUGUCCGUGGCUUCAAAAAAGACCUCCAGAAUAUCCACAACCUCCUCAGUGGAAUCACUUGAACUACAGUCUCUCAGGAAUCCGCCACAACUCAAGCCACUGGAGCGCGUGGACGUCCCAGAGCCCCUCGGCACUGAAAUCAUCCUCAGCACUCAGCAGGAGCAGCCUGCAAAACGCAAGACUUCCACAUCCAAAGCCAUUCAGAUCAUUGACCCACGCCCGCUACCAUCCAGGAAAACUCACGUUAGCACUUCAGAGCCUCCUCCUCCUCACGUGUACUUAUCUGUAUGCGCUGAUCACGACUACUGUAGGUCUGUGGAUCAUUCACUGACAGGUGCUACACAGCAUAGCAGAACUAAGCCUUCUCCACUCAAGGAUGUUUCUAAGAUUACUCAUGAAUUUCAGGUAAAUUCUUUGGACUCAGGUGCUACUGCUGCUGCUGCUGCUGAGUGGAACACACAGACCUCAACUGGACACACAAAGUGUGUGACACAACAUCACUCUGAUCAACCCACAGCCAGAUCAAAGACUAGCUCGUUCACAGAAGGAGCUUUGCACUUUUCAGACUGUGCUGCUGCUGCUGCUACUGCUGCUACUACUACUACUACUACAGGGGAUAAAAGUGACGAUAAGGCAGCUCCAUACACUCUUCCUACCCCUCCACCCAGCCCUCCUAACAGAGGGAGGGAGAGGAGGAGAUAUCAGAGAAGGUCCCCUCGUUCUGACUCUAGCUCCAGCUCACACUGCUCGUCCUGCUCCUGCUCCUCAUCAUCGUCUUCCUCCAGCACAUCUCGCUCUCCAAAAAGACGGAGGCUCCAUCACAGGCGCUCAGAGAGCAGCUCCUGUUCCUCGUCCCCCUGUCGCUCCAUCUCCCGCUCACCACCUCGACGCUACAGGCUCGCCCGGUCCAGGUCAACAUGCAGUAGGUCCAGAUCCAGGUCUUGGUCACAGUCCAGGUCCCAAUCUAGAUCCAGAUCACCGUCCCCGCGGGUUUGCCUCAGGCAGUGGAAAGAUGUUUACAGCAAAGAGUCCAGGAGGCUCAGGAGAGAAAACGAGAUGAGGAUUCAAAAACUUAAAGCCAUAGAUGAGCGCAGGGUGGUGUACGUGGGUCGUAUCGGCAGGUCGAUGACACACGGCGAACUGAGAGAGCGCUUCACUCAGUUUGGAGAGGUGGAGUGUGUGUCGCUUCACUUCAGAGACAGAGGUGACCACUACGGCUUUGUCACGUUCUACAACAUGGACGAUGCCUUCGCAGCCAUCGAUAAUGGCUACAAAUUGAGGAAGCCCGACGAGCUGCCGUUUGACCUUUGCUUUGGCGGCAGACGACAGUUCUGCAACUCCAACUACGCAGAUCUCGACGCGUCCAGAGACGCUGACUCGUCUGCUGCCAUGAACAGGUUUAAGGAUGUGGACUUUGAUUCGUUGUUGAAACAAGCCCAGAGAGGAUUAAACACGUAGCACAUCGGUGAACUGGAUGAGCAACAACGAUGAGAAGAACUCUCUCCGUGAACUUCAGAGGGUUUUUCUCGCUCGUGUUUAUGUAGCAAAUAUUUGUAUGUCAGUGUUGUUGUUUUUUUUUUCCAUGUUUUGACUCUUAAUAUGCAUGCAGUUUUCAUGUCUGCAGUAAAUAUAAACUUAUGGAGCACUCUUUAUUUGAACUCAUGGUAUUAAUGGAACCAGUUGAAUAUUAUUAUUAUAUAAUUUUUUUUACAUUCCAUAACACUAGUAAAGAUUUAUGUAUUUUAAAAAGAAAAUAAAGACUUGUGUUUACCGAUAAACUGUCAGCCACUCAUUGUUUAGCCACUGGUGAACAUGUGCGUUGUUAUUGUGGACUUACAUUAAACCACUUUGUUCUGCA